UACCACAAUUUGAGCGUUGCCACACCAAAAUUGUCAAUGAAAUUUCAAUUUUUGGAUGUCAAAAAUUACUUUAUUAUAAUUCUACACAAACAAAUAUGAGCGAGGAAUCCAAAUCCAACGAAACUGGCUUUGAUAAACAAUUUGCUGCCGAUGUGAAUGGAAUAAAAACCGAAUUCGUCUUCCAUAGAUUCGCCAACAAAUGGCUGUUGCUCAUCACGCAGCUGGGAAAGAUUCCCGGCGUAUAUAGAAUUAGAUUCGAUAUUAAAAUAAACGAGCGCGUCGUGGGACCAAUAGACAAUCCGGAAUUUCAUGUUUCUGUUCCACUUACGAUGAAUUGCUGCUUGGGCUUGGAUUCGGAUGAAACCAGGAGCGGAAUUCAGUUUCUAGUGAAUAGAACAGCCCUAAACAAAUGUCCCAAUGAUGAGUUCGUUAUUGGUUUGGGUAUAAACCAAAUAGAUGGCGUUAAUCUGCGAGCCAUAGCCAAAAUCCUGGACGAGGUUAUAUUAUAAUAAAGCGAAAUAUAUAAUAACAGCUUAUAA